AUGUUCCCCGGUUCGAAGUGCUGUCAACGCUGUCGGUGGCGGUGUUGCCGAAGCUGUCGCGCAGCUCUGGGGCGUGCGGGUUUGUCGAGUCAGCGACAUCACUAUCCAAAUCGUCCGCGCGUUGUGCAGCAAAAGUACGAGUUCUUACUCUCCAAGUUUGCCGAAGACCACCGUUGGCCUGAAGCUUUGGCAAUGCUCCAGACCAUGCGAGAUCGGAUGCUGGAUCCAAGUGAGCCCAGCCGGGCACUGGUCGUGAAAGCGCUGUCACUGGCGGGUCGUUGGAUCCGUGCGUUUGAUAUGCUCUCCAAGUUACAGAAAUGGUGUGCUGCUCGGAAGCAAGUACCCAGCAGAUUAGCGCUGAGCAGCGGUGUCUUCGCUUGCAGGAAGGGUGCACAAUGGCGUGUAGCCUUGGCCCUUCUUGAUGAAGCGGAACAGUUGAAGAUGGAGUCAUCUGUGUGGAGCAUUGUCGAUUCAACCGCAGCUUCCUCUCAAGCCACGUCAGGGUGGCGUCCAGGGGCCACGACAAGCCCCCGAGGAGGCUGGCUCAUGGCUGAUGCCUUGGCCAGCCUAGGCCAAGGUUCUUCGAAUGCGAAUGUGGCAAAAAUUGCCAUAGAGCAACGGAAGAAGAAGGCCGAGGUUGUGGAGCCGCAGGUAAUCAGCGAAGAGCUCCUCAUCGAAGGUGUCGAGGAGCCUGUCCGAACAGAUGGCAAAGCGUGGCCAACCAACGAGUUUCCGCAAGUGACCUCACUUCGCCUGUCCUUCAAGAACAUUAUCGAGAUUUCUAACCUCAACAACUUUGACACCCUUCUGACGCUUCGGCUUGACAACAACAUCAUCGACAAGGUUUCCAACCUGGGUCACUUGAGACAGCUUACCUGGCUGGACCUUUCCUUCAACAACAUCCGUGAAAUCGAAGGACUGGACGACUUGCACGAGCUGCUGGACUUGUCCCUGUACCACAACCAAAUUGAGGAGAUCAAAGACCGACUGGACGGUUGCCCGAAGCUGAACAUCUUGUCCCUGGGCCACAACAACAUGAAGGACUUGAAGCAGAUCGACUACCUGCGCCAGUUUGCCAAUUUGAGAUGUCUGUGCAUGGAGGGUAACAAGGUGUGCAACCAUGACUCUUACAAUCAACAUGUGCUCGCAUAUCUGCCGCAUCUCAAGUAUUUGGACUACAUGCUCAUCGACCGCAAGGCCGUGGCCCAGGCACAGGAAGGAUACAACUUGGAAGAGCUUACCGAGGUCCGCGAGAAGGAGCAGGCAGAGCAUAUGCAGCAGAAGGCCAAGGCAGAAAAGUCGGCCACAAUUGAGAAGCUGAAGACGGCAUUCCUCGAUUGCACGGAAGAUUUAUUCGAGGAGAUGUUCUCCAGGGAGGUGGAGCCUGAGAACGUCUUGGUCUUGCAAUGCUAUCAAGGUCUCAAGGAGGACUAUCGAGAUAAGCUUUCUGAAGAAAUCAAGGGUCUUCGAGCUCGAAUGGAGGAGAAGAACGAAGUUCGGCUCAGGAAGGUUUCAGCCUUCGAAAAGGCGAUCUACGUUUCGGAGAAAGAAAGUGAAGACGAAGCCUUCCUACAGAUCCGAGACUUCAAGAGUGUCAAGAAAAAGGUCCUGUCCCAAGUGGACAAGGAAGAUGGGGCUAGGGCAGAGGUUGAUGACCUGCUGAAGCACUUGCUUGACGAACUUGGCGACUUGGAGAACCAGCUCAUGGCGAACGAGAUUGCGCUCCAAGAGAGUAUCGAAGAGGCCUUGUCCGAUUUCGAAGCCAAAACCAUGGAUCUUGUGAAGAGCAUGCUGGACAACAGCCGGGAGUUCUUUACGCGGCUGGAAGAUUUGGAGAAGAGCUUCCUCACGGGACUCACCGAAGGUGCCAACAGUGAGAUCGAAGCCUUCACUCAGACACAAGAGUCGGCGAUGGCAGAUACCGACCCACAGAAAGCCAAGUAUCUCAACAAUCGCGAGGAGAUGAACCAAGCUCUUACAAACUUCACCGAUGCCCACAACAGCUUGAUCACAAACAAGGAUGACUAUAUGACCAACCAGAUGAAUUCUUGGAACCGAGCGUACUUCGAGAACCACCGGGCCCGACAGUACAACCGGCAGUUGGCUCCGGGGCCCAGCAUCCAUUUCAAGCGUGUUGUCAUUGGUGUUCCUCCGGGCAAUGCUCUUGCAUCUGUUCCCAUUGAGGACUCAGACGAGCGGCCCCUACUUCUGUGCAUGUUCUGGAUCGCAACCGGCUUCUCCUACGGCCCCUUGCUGUGUUUCCCGCUAUACCAAGCUUUGGUGGCCUCGAAGGGGCAAUCAGAGGUAGACCCAACGACUGGGGGCCUGGUACUCAUGGGGGCGAAGUGCUUCACUGUCUUGAGCCACAAUGUUCUGAGCAACUGCAGGACAGAGCUUUGGGGUCUGAAGCUGCAGGUGCUGAGUUGCGUGGUGCUGUCCAUGACCUGUCUGACGCUGGCAAGCCUGGACAGCGUGUCUGGCAUCGGCAUGUUGGCGGCUGUUGGGACCUUGCACCUCACCCACAGUGCAGUGGUCGUGGGGCCUCUUGUGACGGUGCCCUCGGAAGGGAAGAGCAAGUUCCGCAGCCUCUUCUACUAUGUCACCGCCCCACUUGGCUGCGUGUGGACAAGCCUGGUCAGCUUCUGCUUGGCACAGCCGCAGUUCCAAAGUUCCUGGAUACUCCGAGCCAUCGCCUUGAACUCGCCGCUCCUAGUGACACUCUUCGCUUGGGUGCUGGUGCCGCGAAAGAGCUUCUGGAGUGCAGCGCGGAUGAGGGAGGCCCAGAAGGAGCUCGGAGGUGCGGAGGCUCAGGAGGAGUGCCCUGGCACGUUGCAUCCUGCGAGCGCCGGCAGCCCUCGGGCUGCCCGGGCUCGCAAGAGCGACGAAUCCACUGCUUGUGGCGAAGACGCACAGACCGAGCCGCAGCGCUCCCCGCGAGCUGGUGCGAAAGUAGCGUUUUCGGUGUUGAUGCCCGAGGUGGGUGCAGAGUCGCCCGGUGAAAGCAAUGGCGAAGGGCAAGCGGCUAAGAUGGGCAAGUUGGAGCCGAGCAUGACAGCGCAGUUCGGCAGGAGCAGGACAGGGAACCUAAGGCGAGGACGCACGGGCAAGAAGAGCGGCCUGCGAUACACAGGUCGGAGAACAACCAUGGCGCGUAUGCGGGGGACUUUCGCAGAUCGGACGACCCUAGUGAACCACAUGACAAACUUCACCCCGCUGACACCGAUUCUUGCACGAGAGUUGACGCACAUCGGCGCCUUGGAUGACAUCUUGAGGCACUCCCGUGCGACCCGACGCUCGCAGCAGAUACAGGCAUCCGGGAGCCCCUGGGCGGACGGCUGCUUCCGUGUACUGGCCUUCAGCCAGUGCCUGAACAUCUACGGAUUCUGCUUCUACGGCUUCAACGUGUUCCCGAUGCUUAUCGCGGAGACCGGGCCAAGUUUGGAUGCGAUCAGCAUGCUCUACACUGUGGAGGGGUUCGUGCAGGCGGUCUUGACGGUAGUCCUGAUGCCCUGCCUUGACACGAAGAUGUUCUGGAAGUUCUUUGUUGCGACCUGGGUCAUUCUGGUGAGCUCGCCGCUGGCGAUCUGUUUCUUCGGGAAACUCCACUGGAUUUUCUAUCUGCUCUUGCUGCUUGUGGUGGACGUGGCUCUUUGCUGCGCCACGGGGCUGCUGAGUGUCCUGCUUCUGCGCACUUUGCCUUGGGAGUAUAUCACCACCUUCCACACACAGGUCUCCACCCUUUCUGGGCUGGUCGCCGGAGCUUCCUUUGUUCAGAUGCCGUUGCGUUCCGCAGUCGGCACCUGGGAAGCCACCUCUUUGAUCGGUCACGGCACCGCCGCGUUCCUUCUUCUGGUUGUCUAUGCCACGCACCUCCCGUCGAUGCGCAAGUUUUGGGAGCUGCUUGCCGAUCCGGUCGAAAGGAACGCUGAUGGCGAGCUAGAGGAAGAGGAAGACAUUGACUUGCCAGAGAUCGACGAGAUUGAUGAGGGCGAUGCAACAAGCAAGGAUCCACCGAACCUCGCCCGAGUCACGGUCACAGACAUCCGCAAGGUGAUCGAUGAGUGCAAAUCCGAGAUUCAGGCUGCGAGUGAGGACGGCAACGAGGAAGAAGGCGAUGCGUUGGGUCUCUUCUAUGGAUUCGUGAAGGUGCCGCCGUCAGCCGUGGAUGUUCGACUGACUCGGUUUGUGUUGGAGCCAUUGCGCCCGCUCCUGACACAAGCCUGGCAGCGACGCAGCCCAGAGGGAAGCGACCUCGCAGAUGUGAUUCUGUUUGGCCCCUGCUUGGCAAGAAUAUGGAUCAAUGGUAAUGAUGGUGAUGCUGACGAAAAGGAAGAUGGUGCUAUGAUGGCGCCUCGAGCGCCGAAGCUCAAGCGCCGAUGGCUCCAAGUCCCCGUGGCGCCUGCGAGUCUCGAAGCCACGCUCGCCAAUGUGGCACACUUGGAGCUGGACAUGAUCUUGCCAGCCGACCGCGAAGUCGAGUUGCUCCCGAGGCCCUACACCAGCGGCUCUGUGUCUAUCUCAGCCGAAGCGAUGUUUAGUGCGGAGAACUCCACAUUCAGCACCCGACCCUCGACAAGUGCAUGCUCUGGAGGGAGCUCUCGAAGCUUUCGUCCGAGGGCUUGGUGGAAGUCCGGUCACCGACGCAAAGGCUGGAAAGGCACCACAAGCCUUGCAGAUUCCAGCAUGUCGACAUCGGGAAGCUUCAGGUGCCCGCAAACACCACAGAGAGACUUGCGGGGAUACGAGACAUUCGAGCAGCUGCUCCAGCCGGGAUGGCGAACAGCCGCCGAGCUCUGUGCGAGAUCAAAAGAGGAGGAGGACGCGGAUGAGGACUCAGGAGACGAUGCUGGCCCAGGUGCACCAAGUCGACGCGCCUCAGCGAAGAGGGACGCUGUGGUCCUUGGAGUCGGAAAGCCAUUUUGGAAACUUAAGCAGAUGGAGCAGGACACAGCCGCAAAGGCGGAAAAGCCACUUUAUCAGCAAAAGCGGAAUGCCCUCAAGCAGGUGACUUCCAGCAACCUUUUUGCAAUGCAGGGGCAGCUGGACUCCCAAGCACAGGAGAGCUCCUCCUCGGCAUCAUCUACCGAUGCAACGUCUGUAUCUUCGGACAGCGUGGAUCCGCUGCUGGCGACUGAAAUAGGCGACCUACUUCCUCAGAGAACCAGUCCGUGGACAGCCACGUUUGCCAAUGCAAAAUCCUCUACUGACCCGCACAUGGCCAGAAGAGGAGGUUUGGACGAGGAGAUGAUGGCCAUGGCAGAGUUCGCGGUCGCCGCUCAGCAAGCCGCCAUGCGCGAGGUGGAGGAAGCCACACUUCCAGCGGAGGCACUUCCGGGAGUCUACUUCGGACACAUGGAAAGCCCACGGUCUACGCUUCUGCCAAAGACCCCGAGGGUUGGUCGACUGCAAAAGCUGGAGCACGAGAAGCUGGAUCAAGAUAAUGUACAUCAAAGAAAGCUCCUGUGUUUGCCGCACAAGGACCGCGAUUUCGACCUCCUCAGGAUGAAUCUGCUGCCGGCGACAGAGGAGCAGAAGUCUACGACGGCUGGAGCAAACAAGCGCAAAAUGGCCUCGACUUGGGAGCAUGGUAAAGAACUCGCUUCGAAAGGGCCGCUGUCUCCGGAGGAGGAGGAGCGCAUCAAGGAGGAGAAGGCUCAGUACGACGACUGGCGCAGGCAAGUGCUGCUAUGUGCACGCCAUCUGACUACACACAUCAGCCGCUUCGAGACGGACCCACUCGUCGGUGCUGGCAAAGGGCUGUUUUAA